AUGCCAUUGGUCACGAUUAACUACAAAUCUCUGUACUAUAGAGACUGGUCACCCAAAGAUGGCGCCAAUCCUCGAGCAACGCUCAUCAUGAGCCAUGGCUUGGGCUCAAGCAACAAUUACUACACUGCAGUGGUACCCUUCCUGACAGGACAGGGUUACCGUUGUAUCUGUUUCGACAUGACCGGAUCAGGCCGCUCACCUUACACACAUGUUGAGCAGAGCAUCCACAGUCUAGCAGGAGAUGUAAUCGACCUGAUGGAUGUCUUGUCGAUCGACAAAGCAGUCUUUGUUGGCCACUCCAUGUCUGGAAUUAUAGGGCCUGAGGUGGCAGCCGAAUGGCCAAAUCGCAUCCAAGGACUCAUUUUGGUGGGACCUGUGUGGCCUUCGUCAGAAGCAGCACCUGUCUUCGAGGAUCGCAUCACCAAGGUUGCAGAAAAAGGCAUGGAAGUCAUGGCAGAUACUGUACCCUAUGCUGCAGUGGGAUCUACUGCAAACUCCCUGCACCAUGCUUUUAUUCGAGAGUUACUGCUCGGCAUGGAUCCUGCUGGGUACAUUAGUUUGUGCAGGGUGAUUGCUAAUGCAUACAAGACACCACCAAACUAUGGGAAGGUCUCAUGCCCAACUAUUAUUAUUGCUGGAGAGGAGGACAAGAGUGCGCAUCUGCCCGGAUGCAACAAGAUUAUCGAAGCGCUAGGCUCGGAUCAGAAAGAUAUGGUUGUCAUGAGCAAGUGCGGCCACUGGCAUUGCAUCGAGAACGCGUCAGAGGUUGCAAAGUUAUCUCUCGAAUUCUUGGACCAGAUUUCGUAG